GAUUCUGAAUAAAGUGUCUCCGUUCUUCUUGCAGUUUGUGUGCUGUCUGACUUCAUCAUGCAGCAAAUCUACACACAGAACCAUGAAGAGUUUGAGGUGUUCACCACUGUCGCCUCAAGUUUGUCGGAAGAGAGUGAUAUUCAAGCACCAAGGAGAAAUGGUGGUUGUGACGGCAGACUACAGUGCAGACUGUGAUGAAGAGCUGUGUGUCCGUGCCGGUGAGGUGGUGUUGCUUCUGUAUCAGGAGAAUGCCGACUGGUGUUACGCCCGACUUCAGAAUGGAAAGGAAGGAUACCUUCCCACAGCCUGCUUCACUACGAAGCAGGAGCCAUUGAGGCCCAUUGUGACUCAGGCAUCGCAAAACUUCACGCAAGCGUCAUCUAAUGAUCGGAGUGGCUGUUCUAGAGAGCGCUCUCUGAAACUGCCGCGGCGAGCGUCUCUGUCAGGAGUGCCGGGUUCACCUCGAUUACUUCAGCGACUGCUCUCUCGUCGACGUAGUGAUGGACAUGCUGUACGUUCGAUCGGCUCCAUCAAUCCUGCGUUUCAUCCUGACUGAUGGAUCUAACCCUAGAGCUCCACCUUUCUCUUCUAAAUGGGUCACAGAACAGCAGAAACUAGGACAGUAUGACACCAAAGUUCAGUCUGUAUGCAACUCCUUCAGAUUUGGAGAGAAAACAGAAGUUCAGUGUCCUGAUUAGUUUGGGGCCUCAGUAACUUCAUAGCCAGUUUGUGGCACUGAGCCUGCAACUGGUAUCAGGAAUCUUUACUAUUACUGCCCUAUGUAAAUAUGUAAAUAUUGUGAUUUUGAUUGGAAAUAUCACACUCUUCGCCUAUGAACGUAUUUGAAUUUUGAAUAUAUGUAUCUGUUUUGACUAAUAAUGCAGAAAGACUACAAUGAGAAAUUGUUGUUAGUUUAUAAAUGUGUGUG